CUUCGCCUCUCCCCCUCUUCCCCCUCUUUGCACGCGCUGCACAGCUUCCCUCGUCCCAUCAGCAACUGCCCAUUAAUCAAUCGCAUCAGCCAGCCAUGCCGCUGCGUUUCGACAACCAGGUUGCAGUCAUCACGGGUGCGGGUGGCGGCCUUGGCCGUGCCUAUGCCCUCCUGUUCGCCUCCCGAGGCGCCAAGGUGGUGGUCAACGACCUGGGGGUCACCACACACGGCGAGGCGGGCGGCAAGGGGGGCGUCAGGGCAGCCGACAAGGUAGGUACUACGGCGGAUGGCAUGCGAUGCAUGCCAUUGGAUGGCCAGAUGCCAUGUCAGGUGGACGGGUGGCGGCAAUGCGGUCACGGCCAUGUGUGUGUUGUUGGUGUUGAGUGUGUGUCAGGUUGUGGCGGAGAUCAGGCGUGCAGGUGGUGAGGCGGUCGCCAACUAUGACAGCGUGGAGUUCGGCGAGAAGAUCAUCCAGACCGCCAUCGACGCAUACGGACGGGUAAGUGGGUGCAUGACCAUGAUAUGAUGGACACACUCACCCAUCCACUCACUCAUUCGCUCAUACGGACGGAUGCACACGUGUGUGUCGUGUGUAUUGUGUGUGCAGGUGGAUAUUCUGGUCAACAAUGCGGGUAUACUGCGCGACGUGUCGUUUGCCAAGAUGACUGCCAAGGAUUGGGACCUCAUCAUGCUCGUACACCUCAAGGGCGCAUACAGGUCAGCCAGCUGGGCACUUACUUCCCCGCACCUCUCUCUCGACAUACGACAUUGAUUCGGUUUGCGUGUGAUGCAUCGAUGGGAUGGGAUGGAUGUGUCAUCCAGCUGCACCAAGGCAGCGUGGCCGUACAUGCAGAAGCAGAAGUACGGCCGCAUCGUCAACGCUGCCUCGGGCGCCGGGCUGUACGGCAACUUCGGACAGGUAGGUAGACAAACAUGAGAUAGAUGAGUGGGUGGCAGAUACCUUUGUGUGUGCGUGUGUGUGUGUGUGUAUCAGGCCAACUACUCUGCUGCCAAGCUGGGCCUCGUCGGCUUCAGCAAGACACUCGCACGUCAGAUGCGAUGCAUGACACUGACUGCACCAGAAAGACAGACUGACAAGGCAGCACCCAUCCACUGGCUGCGUGUGUGCAGGUGAGGGUGAGCGCCGCAAUAUUAACGCCAACGCCAUCGCCCCCCUGGCGGGCACACGGAUGACUGAGACCGUCAUGCCACAGGUGGGCAAGAGCACACACACACGAUUCCACACCACAUAGUGAGUAGGGUGUGCACGUGUGUUGCAAUGCAGGAGGUGGUUGACGCGUUGAAGCCCGAGUACGUGGCCCCGCUGGUCGCAUACCUCUGCCACGAGUCGUGCAGGGAAUCUGGAGAGGUAGGUACCGUACCCCUGCGGGAUUGGAUUGCCAUCGUCGUAUGUGUGGGCUGCAUUGCACUUAUCGACCCCUAUGUGGACGUCUGUCUGUGUGUCUGUGUGUCAGGUGUUUGAGGUGGGUGCAGGGUGGAUCUCCAAGCUGCGAUGGCAGCGCACACAGGUGGGGGAGGGGAUGCAUGGGUAGGUGUAGGUGUGGGUGCGUGUGCUGGUCCGUGUUCAUUAUCCAUCCAUCCACCCGUCCCGUCCGUGGAUGUGCGUCCGUCCGGCAGGGUCACAUGUUUUCUUCCCCGACCUUCACCGCUGACGACGUCGCUGCCAACUGGGCAAAGGUACACACAAACACAAACACACACACGCGGGCACACACAACGGCACACUCUCACAAACAGACAUGACAGACACGUAAUUGCAUCUCCACCCCGCUUGUCCAAACGUGUCCAUGUGGGUGUCAGAUCACCGACUUCACCGGCGCCACCUACCCCACCAGCCUGCAGGAGUCUAUGGAACUCGUAAGUCCCUCUCGCUGGCCACACACGAACGCAGGCAGGCAGGCAGACAGGGAGGCACAUGCAUCUUUGAGCCUGCCUGUGUGUAUGUGUGUGUGUGGUGCAGGUGAUGCGCCGGCUGGAAGAGUUCAAGACCAGCGGAGCCCCUGCAGCAGCACCACCUGCAGCAGCACCACCCACAGGCGCGCCUACGACGCCCUCUGAGAAACUCUUCAGGUGGCGCGCACCGCACACACGCAUACGAAGCCACACACUCGCCCGCCCGCCGGUGCAUCAAAUUCGUUUUCUGUUCGGCGCAUUGCAGGGUGUUGGAGGCGUGGAUCAAGGUGGGCGACAACGGGCAGAAGCUCGUGCAGAAGGUCAACGCGAGUUUCCACUUCGAUAUAUUGACCAAAAAGGGCGGACCCAUCGCAACCAGCUGGACCAUCGACCUCAAGAACCCACCAGGUCCGCAUUGCAAGGACGUUGCAAUGCACCCCCGUCACACACACACACACGCGAAGGGGCGAGCAAUCGUGCAAUGGAUGGGUCCGUAUACGGGUGGGCUGCAGGUUCGAUCUCUGAGGGCAAGAGCGGAUCGUGUGAUGCGCUAUUCUCGAUGGCGGAUGCGGACUUCGUCAGCGUGGUGACGGGCAAGCUCAACCCGCAGAUCGCCUUCAUGCAGGUACACACCUACACACACCUACACGCGCACGCGCGCUAGUCAUGUGUCCUAUGUGUCUGGUUGUGUCGUUGUUUGUGUGCCCUGCAGGGCAAGAUGAAGGUCAAGGGGAGCAUGAAGGCCGCCAUGAAGUUCACACCAGACCUCUUCCCACCGAUGCCCAACGGACUCAUGGAAAUGGACCUCAACAAAGCUAUCCAAACUUACUGCGGAGGUAACAUCAACUCACCCACCACAGACACUCACUCCUCUCACACACACUUAUAUUUCUCUUGUGUUGCGUGUUUGCAGGCGCAGUACCACCUGCUGCUCCGUCAGCCCGACCUCCUCCAGCAGCAGCUGCAGCUGCUGGUCUGUCGUCAGCGGCCAGCCAGCUGAAGGCGGCCCCCCUGGUGUCCAUGAUGCAGACACACAUGAAGACCACCGCUGGCAAACAGCUUGUCAACAAGGUGGGUGGGUUGGGUCAGCACAGCAGAUAGAUAGAAGAUGGGCAGGCACCGAGGUGCACCUAAGUGGAGUGGACGGGUGGCGUGUGUGGGAUGCGCGUGGUGUGCAGGUGGGUUAUGUGUAUCGGUUUGACGUGUUGCCCAAGAAGGGCGCGGCAGCCGUCUCUUUCACCAUCGACCUCAAGAAUGGUCAGCCGGCGCACACAUAAAGGAUUGUUGUGGCUUGCUUGAACCGUUGUGGUGUGACGCGGCGUGGCGUGGCGUGGCGUGAUUUGUGUAUCAGCUCCUGGCAAAAUUGCCGAGGGAGCGCCGGAGGAGUGCGAUGCCCACUUCACUAUGGUCAGUCCGCACAGAAGAAAGAGAGACCGCAGGCAACCACGGAGAGAAUUACUGCGUGUGUGUGCUCUGUGUGUGCAGGUCGAUGAGGACUUCGUCAGCGUGGUGACGGGCAAGCUCAACCCGCAGAUCGCCUUCAUGCAGGUACACACACACAUGAGCAGCCAAAGACACCGCAUCCACUCCAUCCCUGUGCACACACAUCACAUGCAUUAUGUGUCUUGUCUGGUUGUGUCGCUGGUUGUGUGAAGGGCAAGAUGAAGGUCAAGGGCAGCAUGAAGGCCGCCAUGAAGUUCACACCGGACCUCUUCCCCGCACCAUCCAAGCUGUGACGGACGAAGGAAGAGACGCAGUAUACACACACAUGCAGCCAGACAGACAGACAGACAGACAGCUGCCAAGGGGAAGGACGAUAUGGG